UAAAUUAUUAAAAUGACAAAUUUUUUUAUAUAAAAAGGUAAAAUAAAAAUUUUUUGAAUCAUUAAUUUUAUAUUUUUCCAUUUUUUAUAAGAUUUACUUGGAAAAAAUAUGUCGAAAUUUGUAUUUCUUUUUUGUGCCAUCCUUUUGGCUGGGGCGGUAUUUGCUGAUAAUACGGAGCCACAAGAAGAGAAACAUAGUGCAGUUGAUGAAAUAAAAAAUAAAGUUGUAGAUAUUGUCAAUGAAGCAAUUAAACAAGUUACAGAAUAUGUUCAACAACUACAGGAAGCAACAAAAACAACAAUUCAAAAACUCAAAGAUGAAGCAUUAAAAGUUACAAAAUCUGUUUAUGAUAAAAUUGUCGAGGCACAACAAACUAUUAAAGCCGAAGUUGAUAAGGCAAUAAAGGAGGCAAUUAAUUAUAAUGUAACAGAAUGCGCUCAAAUGGCUGAAGCAUUUGAUGAGACUGGUGUUCAGGCAAUUGCCGAAGUUUCACGUUGUGUUACCGAUGUAUUAGAGGACGCUGAUGGUUACACGGAAAAUAUGCAACACAGCGCUGAUAUUGUUUUGAAAAAUUUAACUUCCAUCAAAGAGGAGGCCGAGCAUUGUGUGGAAAAUGUCAAAAAUAUCGGAUCAGCUGCCAAAGCAUUUUUAUGUGUCAAUAUGGCUGCUGCCAAAGGAACAUGGGCAGCAACAAAAAAUGUACCGGCCUUAUUGGGUGAUUUGGGUAAACUCACAUGGAAAAUAACAACACUAUUGCCUGAAUUGGGAUAUUGUUCGACAGUUAAGGGAAUUAAAAAAAUUAAUACUGGUUCACAAAUUGUUGUUGAAAAAGUUCAAGAAUGCAUUAAAGCACGAAAAGCACUUGCUGAAUCAAAGAAAAAAGGAGAAUAAAAAAAAAAAUAUUUUUUUCUUUUUUCUUUUAGAAUCUCACAUGUAUGAUUUAUAAUAAAUAAUUAAUUUGUAAUUAAUAUAAUUUUUAAGUAAAUAAAAAUAUUUUUAUCAAAUAAAAUAA